AGCGCGUUGCGAACUUCCGGGCCAGAAGGGUAACAACUGUCAAUGCCGAACUCCUCUCGCUCUUUUUCCGGGCAUCUUUGAUGUGCUAGUGGACACAUUUCGUUGUGAACCCAAAUAAAAAUCGCUAUGGUGUUCGGUUCCAAGGUGAUCAAAGCCGGCAACGGCGAACCCGAUGCGUUCGAGACGCAGAUCGGCCAGGCCAUCCUGGAGCUGGAGAUGAACUCGGAUCUGAAGCCGCAGCUGCGUGAUCUGUACAUCACCCGCGCGCGUGAGGUCGAGUUCAACAACAAGAAGGCGAUCAUCAUCUACGUGCCGGUGCCGAAACAGAAGGCCUUCCAGAAGGUACAGACCCGUCUGGUGCGCGAGUUGGAGAAGAAGUUCUCCGGCAAGCACGUCGUGUUCAUUGCCGAGCGCCGCAUUCUGCCCAAACCGAUGCGUGGACGCCGCGACCCCAACAAGCAGAAGAGACCGCGUUCCCGAACGCUCACCGCCGUGUACGAUGCCAUCCUGGAGGAUCUGGUAUUCCCGGCGGAGGUGGUCGGCAAGCGUAUCCGCGUCAAGCUCGACGGAUCCCAGCUGAUCAAGGUGCACCUGGAUAAGAACCAGCAGACCACCAUCGAACACAAAGUUGACACUUUCGCGUCGGUGUACAAGAAGCUGACUGGCCGUGACGUUACGUUCGAAUUCCCAGAGAACUACCUGUAAAAUAUAAGGGUUGCGUGCUAGUGGAUAGCCGAAGUUUGCAGCAGCUACAGCACUUGAUUAUUGGAGUGUUUGUGCUACUGGAAUGUGAAAGAUCGGAGAAAUCGGGGUGGACGCAGAAAAGCCGUUAAAAAUAUCCAACAAAUAAAAACCUGUAUGGAUAGGAAAACUUAA